GGCUUACGCACUCGCUCUGUUUGUAAUUAACCCGGGCAUUGCACAAAGAACUGAGCCCUACGCUGGAUCCGUGUUCUCUAGGCAACGCCAAGCCUCCAACUCGGCUGCAUGUUUAGGUGUUGUUUAGGUAAUAAACUAGCUUGGGCGAAGUGUUAAUGCUCAAAUCCGUCGCAGCCUAUGUCAACUUUAAACACAACUCCACCGGUGUCUUUUCUCGGGAGUUGAGAUAUCUGUGUCCAGGCGACAGAGCGAGCGAGCGAGGUGAGCUGGGAGUGUGGUCGUGGACCAAGCUUGAAGUGCGUUCCACCCGGCUUCUCUUCUAAACCAGAAGCGAAGUGCACAACUAAACGCAGCAAACAUGAGAGGGGUCCGCCGUAAACUGUCAAGGGGUUGACAGAGAUGGGUUGCUGAAAGCGGGGGGCGCUGAUUUGGGAAUCCCGGGGAACAGGAGGCGCCCAUCACCACCAUGACCGUCUUUAAACAAGAGAAUGUAGAGGACCAGUACGAAAUUGGAGAAGAACUCGGAAGUGGGCAGUUUGCGGUGGUGAGGAAAUGCCGCCACAGGAGCACGGGCGCGGAGUACGCCGCCAAGUUCAUCAAGAAGCGGCGCAGCAAGUCCAGCCGACGGGGCGUGUCCAAGGAGGACAUCGAGCGCGAGGUCAGCAUCCUGAAGGAGAUCCAGCACGCCAACGUCAUCACGCUUCACGACGUCUUCGAGAACAAGAGCGACGUCAUCCUCAUCCUCGAGCUCGUGGCCGGCGGGGAGCUAUUUGACUUCCUGGCUGAGAAGGAGUCCCUGACGGAGGAGGAGGCCACGGAGUUCCUGAAGCAGAUCCUGGACGGCGUGCUCUACCUGCACUCCAAACGCAUCGCACACUUUGACCUCAAGCCGGAGAACAUCAUGCUGUUGAACCGCUCGGCUCCACACCCACGGAUUAAGCUCAUUGACUUCGGCCUGGCCCACAAGAUAGAUUUUGGCAACGAUUUCAAAAACAUUUUCGGGACUCCGGAGUUUGUAGCUCCAGAGGUGGUGAAUUAUGAGCCCCUGGGCCUGGAGGCAGACAUGUGGAGUGUUGGCGUGAUAACGUACAUACUUCUGAGCGGUGCAUCGCCCUUCCUGGGAGACAACAAGCAGGAGACCCUGGCCAACGUGUCGGCAGUGGACUACGACUUUGACGAGGAGUUCUUCAGCAGCACCAGUGGCCUGGCCAAAGACUUCAUCAAGAGGCUGCUCAUCAAAGAUCCCAAAAAAAGAAUGACGAUUCAGGACAGCCUACAGCACCCCUGGAUCAAGCCAAAGGACACACAACAGGCACUUAGUAGAAAGGAGUCUGCCGUGAACAUGGAGAAGUUUAAAAAGUUUGCUGCUCGUCGGAAAUGGAAGCAAUCCGUGCGGCUCAUCUCGCUGUGUAACCGUCUGUCCCGUUCCUUCCUGUCCAGGAGCAACAUGAGUGUGGCGCGCAGUGACGACACACUGGACGAGGAAGACUCCUUUGUGAUGAAGGCCAUCAUCCAUGCCAUCAACGAUGACAACGUGCCGGGCCUACAGCACCUCCUGGGCUCCCUCACCAGCUACGACAUCAACCAGCCCAACAAGCAUGGGACGCCGCCCCUACUCAUCGCAGCUGGCUGUGGAAACAUCCAAAUCAUUGACGUCCUGAUGAGAAAAGGGGCUGAAAUACAGGCACUGGACAAGUCUGGAGCGAAUGCUAUCUACUACGCAGCCAGGCACGGCCACGUGGAGACCUUGAGAUUCCUCCAUGAAAAGAGAUGCCCUCUGGACACUCAAGAUAAGUCUGGUGAGACGGCGCUGCACGUGGCUGCUCGGUAUGGGAAUGUGGACGUGGUCCAGUACCUCUGCAGCAUCAACGCCCACCCGGACCUGGUGGACAGGGAACAGGAGACGCCCCUGCACUGUGCGGCGUGGCACGGCUACUCGGCGGUGGCGCGGGCGCUGUGUGAGGCGGGCUGCAACGUGAACGCGCGGAACCGCGAGGGCGAGAGUCCCCUGCUGACCGCCUCCGCUCGCGGCUUCAGGGAUAUCGUGUACUGCCUGCUGGACCACGGAGCUGACCUAGCCUCCACAGACAAGGAUGGGCACAAUGCGUUGCACCUGGCGGUGCGUCGAUGCCAGGUGGAGGUGGCGCGGUGCCUCCUGGCCCACCGUUGCCCGGCUGACCACCAGGACCGUCACGGCAACACCCCCCUCCACAUCGCCUGCAAGGACGGCAACCUCACCGUCACCACCGCCAUCUGUGCCACCAGGACCAACCUGGACAUCCCCAACAAGUUCGGGAGGACACCUCUUCACCUGGCGUCCAGCAGCGGGGCUCUGGAGGUGGUGCGACAUCUCUGCGUUGCGGGGGCCAACACGGACGCCAUCACCAACGACGGUAAGACGGCAGAGGACCUUGCCACGGCGGAUGGCCACGAGCUUAUCGCUGUACUGCUGAGCAAACUGAAGAAGGACAACCAUAAAGCGGGCUACAUCCAGCAGCUGCGGUUGUCCCAGACGGCACAGCCGCGCAUCAAGCUGAAGCUGCUGGGUCACUCGGGCGCGGGCAAGACCACGCUGCUGGAGUCGCUCAAGUGCGGCAUCCUGAGGAGCUUCUUCAGGAGGAGGAGGCCAAGGAUGACCAACACCGCCCGACACCCCGCCUCACCCAUCAACAACAAACCUGCAGUCUCCGUGAGCAUAUCCAACCUGUACCCGGGCUGUGAGAACGUGAGCGUGCGUAGCCGCAGCAUGAUGUUUGAGCCGAGCCUGACCAAAGGGGUGCUGGAGGUCUUCAGCCCCAUGCACAACGCCCUCUCCUCAGCUGAUGACCAGGCCACCAAGGCCAUCGACAUCCAGAAUGCCAACGUCAAUGGCGUGGGGGAUUUCAGCGUGUGGGAGUUCUCUGGCAACCCGGUGUACUACUGCGCGUACGACUACUUUGCGGCCAACGACAGCUCGGCGGUGCACCUGGUGCUCUUCAGCCUGGAGGAGCCGUACGAGGCGCAGCUCAACCAGGUCACCUACUGGCUCAACUCCCUCAAGGCGCUCACGCUGCCCGAGGACAACAUCGCGUUUGGCGGUCGUAUCAAGAACCCCCUGCAGGUGGCGUUGGUGGCCACUCACGCCGACCUCGUCAACCUGCCGCGCGCCUUCGGAGGAGAGUUCGCCUACGACAAGGAGAGGUCCCUGCUCAAGGAAGUCAGAAACAGGUUUGGGAAUGACCUCCAGGUUGCGGAGAAGCUCUUCAUCAUGGAUGCAGGAGCCUCCAACUCCAAAGACAUGAAGCUGCUGAGAACCCUGCUGCUGGACUGGCGCAACAGCAUCCUAUCUGCGUGUGGUCCCAUGACGCUGCUGUCGGAGAAGAUCCUGACGGUGCUGCCCGCCUGGAGGAAGCAGAACGGCCCCAACCAGCUCAUGUCCUGGCAGCAGUUUGUGCUGGACGUGCAGGAGCAGAUCAACCCGCUGGUCAGCGAGGAGGACCUGAGGGAGAUCGCCUGGCAGCUGCACAGCAUGGGGGAGAUCAACCUAAUGCAGAGCGAGACGGUGCAGGACGUGGUGCUCCUGGAGCCCCGCUGGCUCUGCAGCACCGUGCUUGGCCGCAUCCUGUCCCAGGAGACGCCCAAGGCCAUCCACCACUACCGCGGCCGCUACCGCACCGAGGAGCUGCAGAGCCUGGUGGCGGUGGCGGAGGGCGAGGCCGACGUGGAGGAGCUGCUGGGGGUGCUGGACGCCAUGGACGUGUGUGCCCGCGACCUCGGCGCCCCCGGGAUGGUGGACGUGCCCGCACUCAUCCGCACCAGCGGCUUCCAGCGCUCCUGGACCGAGGAGGAGGACGAGGAGGAGGAGGGGGGCGGCGGCGAGGGCGGCAACGCUCUGCUGUACGGAGGCGUGCGCCUGGUGCCCGCCGAGCACCUGGCGCCCUUCCCCUGCGGCCUCUUCCACAAGCUGCAGGUCAACCUGUGCCGCUGGAGCCGGCAGCAGCAGCAGAGGCCGGACGGGGAGGAAGGGGAAGCGGGGGAGGGCGGGGGCGGCUUUAACCUCUGCGACGACAUCAGGCUUUGGACGAACGGGGCCAAGGUGUCCCUGGACGGCGUGGAGGCCAUGGUGCUGCUGGUCAACCACGGGCAGGGCAUCGAGGUGCAGAUCCGUGGGCGGGAUUCGGAGCGGGCCCGUUGCUGCGCCCUGCUGGACACCAUCUGCAGCAUUGCGGAGGGCCUGCUGGCCACCACGCUGCCGGGCCUGCUCACCGUCAAGUAUUACCUGAGCCCGCAGCAGCUGCGCGAGCACCUGGGCCCGGUCAUGAUCUACCAGCCCAAGGACUUCUACAGGGCGCAGGACCGCAAGGAGAGCUGGCUCAUCAACACCAUGGGCGGCUACAAGGAGAGCUUCAGCAGCAUCUUGGUGUUCGGCUGCACCGACGUGCUGCGGCAAGGCAGCUUAGGAGCCCAUGUGCACAUCUCGGACGUGGGCCUGCUGGCUCGCCGUAAGCUGUGCCGCAUGCUGGACCCACCCGACGCGUUGGGUAAAGACUGGUGCCUGCUGGCUAUGAACCUGGGCCUCACCGAGCUGGUGGCUAAGUACAGUGGGUCAGCUAACGGCUGCAGCCCCAGUGCCAGCCUGGCCGUGGCUAACGGUAUUCCUAACGGACCCACUUCUUCCGACUCGUCCUCUUCCCCCUCACCGCCGCCCCCUAGCCCCACGGCGGCGCUACUGCAGGAGUGGGGCCGCCGGCCUGACAGCACGGUGGGCGUUCUAAUGACCAAGCUGCGGGAGUUGGGCCGCCGCGACGCUGCAGACUUCCUCCUGAAGGGGGCGCCGGUGUUCAAAGUCAGCCCAGAGGCGCUGGCCACACCGGAUGGCUACCCGCCCACCUGCAACGGCGGAGGCACCUCCUACAACUCCAUCAGCUCCGUCAUAUCGCGGUAGAGCAAUGCAGGCAGGAGCGGGUGGACAAAGUCUUAAAAUGUGCAAUUCCAGUGGAGCAGGAUGGAACUUGGUGUAGUCUUUGGCCCUUAAAUAUACAGUACGUACGGACAUGAAGGCACGAGUAUGUGAAGACUUUUCAUGCUUUGUGUGUACAUCCACAUUGCUGUCUUAACAGUUCGAAGGUUUUAAUGUGUCAUAUGACCGGUAGAAAGGACAUGUACACCUGCAAAACCCCUCUAUUCUAAUCAGUUUCUUCUUGCCAUCAAUUCAUAUUUCUAAAUGCGCUACUAAAUGUUCUCUUAAACUUUUCAAAAACAAAAGAAAUUUAAACGUCCUAUAAUCCCAAAGGAUUCUCAAAACGUUCCUUAAAUGGUUUUAAAUGAAGUUUAUUUUUCACCGUUAACCUUCCCACAUGAUUUCUGGCAAUGAGGAUCGCAGAUUCGAGGUCAGAACUAUCUGGUAUAGAAUAUUUACAUCUUGAGUGCCUUUUUAUCUUGAACUGUUGUCAAAGGGCCGCCUUUUUUAUUUUAGAGUUAAAAAUUGGACCUACCCUCUACCUCCACAAAGCGACCAGCCAUUUGCAUUACUCUGCAUGAGAUGACUGUGGCAUGUGCCCAUGGUCAGCCAACUGUGUUUGUACUUGUUCAGUCAGAGGCUGAGAGUUAAUGCUUUUACAUGUUCAACACAUUUUACAUCCUUACACAUCCUCUUUUUUUUGUUCAUUUUCUAAAUUGGACCCUUGGCGUGUGGACAUACAGUCUGUCAGUGUACUUUUCGUAGUAUUCUGUUGCCUCCGAAACAGACCUACAUACUGGUGUUGCAAACAUAAAGGUAGCCCAUCCUCUAGAGAUACAGUAAUUUUUGCCAA